GGCAAAUCUCCAUCUGCACCUUCCGCGACGCUGGGAACAGUGUGAGUGAAGACACCCAGGAUGGCUCAGGGAUCCGGGGAUCAAAGAACAGUGGGGAUUGCAGACCCAGAGGAGAGUUCUCCAAAUAUGAUAGUCUACCGCAAAAUCGAAGACAUCAUUACAAAGAUGCAAGAUGACAAGACAGGUGGUGUGCCUAUCAGAACAGUCAAGAGCUUUCUCUCCAAAAUCCCCAGCGUUGUCACAGGUACUGACAUUGUGCAGUGGCUUAUGAAGAACCUCUCCAUUGAGGACCCAGUUGAAGCAAUACACUUGGGAAGCCUCGUAGCUGCCCAGGGCUACGUCUUUCCGAUCUCGGACCAUGUUCUCACCAUGAAGGAUGAUGGCACCUUUUAUCGUUUCCAGGCCCCGUACUUCUGGCCUUCGAACUGCUGGGAGCCUGAAAACACUGACUACGCCAUCUACCUCUGUAAGAGGACAAUGCAGAAUAAAGCAAGGCUGGAACUGGCCGAUUAUGAAGCAGAAAACUUAGCAAGACUCCAGAGGGCCUUUGCAAGGAAGUGGGAAUUCAUCUUUAUGCAAGCAGAAGCACAAGUAAAGAUUGAUCGGAAAAAGGACAAGACAGAGAGGAAAAUUUUGGAUAGUCAAGAACGAGCCUUUUGGGAUGUCCACAGGCCAGUGCCAGGCUGUGUGAACACAACAGAAAUGGAUAUCAGAAAAUGUCGACGUUUGAAGAACCCGCAAAAGGUUAAAAAGUCAGUGUACGGCGUGACGGAAGAAUCCCAGUCGCAAAGCCCAGUGCACGUCCCCAGUCAGCCAAUCAGGAAAACUACAAAAGAGGACAUCCGGAAACAGAUAACAUUUUUGAAUGCACAGAUUGACAGGCAUCGUUUAAAAAUGUCCAAAGUGGCUGAAAGCUUAAUUGCUUACACAGAACAGUACGUGGAAUAUGACCCUUUGGUCACGCCAGCUGAGCCGUCCAAUCCCUGGAUCAGUGACGAUAUCGCUUUAUGGGACAUAGAGAUGAGCAAAGAGCCCAGCCAGCAGCGCGUAAAGAGAUGGGGCUUCUCUUUCGACGAGAUAUUGAAGGACCAGGUGGGGCAGGACCAGUUUCUACGAUUUCUGGAGUCAGAAUUCAGUUCCGAAAACCUCAGGUUCUGGUUGGCUGUCCAAGAUCUCAAGAAACAACCCCUACAAGAUGUGGCCAAAAGGGUGGAAGAAAUCUGGCAAGAGUUUCUGGCCCCCGGAGCCCCAAGUGCAAUCAAUCUGGAUUCUCACAGCUACGAGAUAACCAGUCAAAACGUCAAAGAUGGAGGGAGAUACACAUUCGAAGAUGCCCAGGAGCACAUCUACAAGCUGAUGAAGAGUGACAGCUAUGCCCGCUUCCUCCGGUCAAAUGCUUACCAGGACUUGCUGCUCGCCAAGAAGAAGCCAGAAAGUGAGCAAGGUCGUAGAACUUCCUUAGAAAAGUUCACUCGCAGUGUGGGAAAGUCGCUGGCGGGCAAGCGCCUCACCGGCCUGAUGCAGUCCUCCUGACGGUCCCCCC